ACGACGCAGCCACGUACAUACACGAGCGUGCACGCGCGAGUCACUAGUGCCAGUGAGCGACACGUGGUUUUCGAGUGGCAGUGUCGCGACUCGCGAGUUUUUGCAAAAUGAACGAACUUAUUGAAGCUGUUCGCAAAUAUCAAUGUUUAUACGACGUAAAACACCAAGAUUAUGUGAAUAUAAGAUUAAAGGAAUCUAUAUGGACACGAAUCGCAAAAGAGUUAAAUCUCAAGAAUGGAAGCGAAGCCAAGAAAUCUUGGGAAAAGCUGAGAAACAAUCACCGAGAUGCGCUUCGUCGGCAGAAAAAAUCGAAAUCGAAAAAUGAAACAGGGGCUGUAAACUCAUGGCGCUAUCAAGAAGCUAUGGCGUUUUUAAUCCCCCAUAUGGCAAGGAGGACAAGUAACACCAAAGUCCAUGAAUACAUAUUCAACGACGAUAGUAAUUCAAAUACUGUAGAAAACAAUUUUCAAAACAAUGCUAGUGAUACGGAUAUGGUUGAAUCAGAAGAUGAAGAAAGCAAUGAAAUCCCUGAAUCACAAUAUACUGAUACAGCAGCUGUUCAAGGAUACAAAAGACGACGCACAGAGAACACUUUAAAUAACCUACUAAUUAAAUCGAUUGAAAACCAUGAACGUAGAGCAGUUAAAAGACGGCAAGAACGGGAGCGCUUAAUUGCUAAUACCAAUAAUGAUGUAAUUAUUAGCAAUGUUAAAAAUGAUGCACUUUUUCAUUUUUUUAUUAGUAUGUACGAGACUACAAAAAGAUUGCCGCCACUGUCUCAACACAAUAUUAAAACAAACAUAUUCUCAUUGGUGGCCCAAGAAGAAUCUAAAAACUUGGUGGAAUAUUCGCCUCGACCACAUUCUUCUCAUUCACAGAUGUAGGAGCAGCAUAAUAUACGCCUUUUCCUGCAGAACAACAGCCGCGGGAAGGUAUUAUAAUCACUCAAGGUAAUGAACUUGACGGUUGUUAUAUGUUUGUAUAAUAACUAUCGUGAGACAUACUAAAUUGACUAAAAUCACGGGUUACUCACGUGAAAAUACUGAGGUCUACCAACUACCACAGAGGAGUUCUUCCUCAAAUUUUCACGUCAGUUACCCGCGAUUUAUAAUUAUUUUGGUUGUAAUGUGUUUCAAACUUUUAAAAUUAAAUUGUUUCAAAUUAUUAUUUUCUACUUCCACUUCAUUUUGUAAUUAUUUAUAUACCUACAUAAUAAACUUACGUGCCUUAG